CGAAAAAUGUUCGCAACGAUCAGAAGCUUUGCCGACCUCCAGGAUCAACAAACAUCUCACGCAACAAUGACCACCUCCCUUGAGAUGAUUCAAGACGAUUGGGCGAAGGGAGCCAUGGGUAUCACUGACUAUCACAAGAACAUGACGGCAUGGGCCUCCGAGUACUUCGGCGAUGCAGCCAACAGCUCCCCUCCUCGCCUCACUUUCGCCUGCUCUGUGAGCGACAAGGGGCAAGUGAGCUGCCCUAAUUGAGGAGGCUCAAGCUUAAGAGAAGUCCGCUUCUGUGCUGUGGAAACGCUAACCUGAACCGCUGUACUCGCCUGAUUGACUGGCUCAUUGGCCCACCCACUGGAGAUGCGGGGCAGGGAAUUUUUCAAAGUAGCACUGUGCGGCACUGUUUCGUGAUAAGUCGUCACGAGUCACUGAGUCAGUUUGUGAAAGUUUCGGAAGUUC